GCGUCGCCCUGGCGGGCCGGGGAGGGGAGGGGCCGGCGCGGGGGCUGGGCGCGGCCCCUGGUGUCCCGCGCCGCGCUCGGCGCCUCAGGCGCUGCUGGGCGGCCUCGGCCCGGGGUCCCUGCGGCGCGUGCGCAGCCCGGGGCCUCGCGCGCCGCGUCGCGUAGCAGCGGGGACGCGGCUGGGCCGGCUGAGGUGGCUUCUGUGCAGCUAGGGUGGAGGCAGCAUGGCUAGAGAUGCACCAGGGGGAGAUUCCUGCAAGGAGCUGGACCAGACGAAGUAUGAUGCAGAUGAGAAUGUGAAGAUUAUCUGCCUGGGGGACAGCGCUGUGGGGAAAUCCAAGUUAAUGGAAAGGUUCCUCCUGGAUGGAUUCCGACCCCAGCAGCUCUCUACGUUUGCCUUGACACUCUACAAAUACACAACCAAUGUGGAUGGGAAGAAUAUCCUUGUGGACUUCUGGGACACAGCCGGACAGGAGAGGUUCCAGAGUAUGCAUGCAUCCUAUUACCACAAGGCCCAUGCUUGUAUCAUGGUGUUUGAUGUGCAGAGGAAGGUCACCUACAAGAACCUGAAUAACUGGUACAAGGAGCUGAGAGAGUUCCGCCCAGAGAUCCCCUGCAUCGUGGUGGCCAACAAAAUUGAUGCGGAUUUGAAAAUGACUCAGAAAAGCUUCAACUUUGCCCGGAAGUUCAAUCUGCCCUUCUAUUUUGUCUCAGCUGCAGAUGGCACCAACGUAGUGAAGCUCUUCAGUGAUGCUAUCAAACUGGCUGUCGCGUACAAACAGAAUUCAGGGGAUUUUAUGGAUGAGGUCAUGCGGGAGCUGGAGAACUUUGAGCUGCAGAAAAAGCGGGAGGACUCAGAUAAAGAGGAGAACUACGCCGAGGAGAAGCCCCCAUCCACCUGAGCCCAGGCCUCAGACCAACCUUGUACUGCUCCCUAUUGCCCCAGCUUCUUCAUGGUUAGUUAGAACCAUCACUCUCUGCCUGGGGAGAGCAGAUUUCUCAUGCACUGGCCAUGCUGGGAGGCUCUGGCUGGGACCAUCCCUCCCUGGGAGGGAGACUGUUUGGGCCUGAUCUUCCUGGCCUGGGCCCCAUCCUCCUGAGCAUCCGGGAUGCAGAAGGGACAAGAAUACAUGUGACUACUGCCUGCCGCUCUGGCAGGGAAGGGGGGCAUUUUCUGUGGUGUUGGGCACUGCCUGCCCUGCAGGGAAAGGUCCUGCCCAGGUGUCUAUUAGCGGAGCCCAGACUGAGGAAACCAACACUAAAGGACUUUUUUACAAAGCGUUGAGCCUGGGUCCUUCCUGCACCGGACCAUGUUCAAAUAGCAGCCCUUCCCACUGCUGUUUCAACCCAGCCAGCUCUACCUCUCACCCCUCCCUGACCCCACUCACCGUAGCAGCCCAACCACUCCACCCCAAUGCUUCUCUGGCUCUGUGUGCCACCCUUCUCCAACCACACUGUCCCAACCCACUGUGAGCCAUCCCUCCCCUUCCUCGCUCCACCGUUCUAGCCCAGCUGGUUGUGUGCAGCCUCUGCUCCUGGGUGGUUCUGGGCAUGGCAUAAGAGGUUGAAUAGAACAGAGGCAGAGCUGGCUGUGUUGUGGGCACCGUUUUACUUCUGCUGUGAGGUAAGCUCUCAGUCUCCAUCCACAAGGACGACAGGCAGGAUGGGAGCCGGAUGCUGGUACAGAGUCCUCUAGAGCAGUGGGCAAAGCGUCAGAAAUGGCCACUGUCCAUCUCAGCCUCCGCUGUGCUCUGCUCCCCUCCCUUCUCAAGUCCCCUUUCCCUUCAGGCCCUGUAGGAACUCGUUGAGCUUCCUGAAGAAGUCAGACAGACUGCUCUGGGCUGACGGGCAGGGGCCUGUCCUUGUUCUGGGCCUGGGCCUGACUUUCCCCAAGAUCCAGUCAUGAAAGUGCUGAGUGGAGCUGUAGACCCCCGGCCUCUGUGCCUUGGCGCAGCCCAGCCCCCAGCUGGUGACUCCAAUAACCCAGAAGCGCUUUGACCUUUCCUUUGUGCACAUGAGGGGGCCACCGCUGUCGCCCUGCAGCAGAGGAGAGAGGUCUGAGGCACAGCCAGCUCAUCACUGGUGGGUCAGGCUUGGCAGUAGGGCUGACUCCUUCUUGGAAGAGGCUUAAGGACACACAACUCGUCCCUCUGGCAUCCACCACUGGGAGACAGUUGUCAGCUAGAGCUCAGAGGAAGGGGGCUCACCCCCAAGGCCUGCCUAGCGUUGGCAAAGCCCUAGCACGUGUUCCAAAGGGGGAUGAUCUUGCAGUGCCCCCCACCCCUGGGAAUGGACUGUCUAGGAGCUGCAGCCAGCGCUUCCCCCAUCAGGAGUCCGCUGCAUUUCUGUGUUAGCUCAUAGCUGGUUUGGUGAGUGCUGAGCAGUCAGCUUCCUCCUCUUCCUCCUCCCAUACAGAGCCCUCUUGGGUACCACACCUCUGAACGCAGCCACUACGCAUCGGCGCUAUGGCAUGGAGGCCUCACUCCCUGCCCCGUGUGCUAAGGCACAGGGCCUUCCUCCCAGCUCUGCGUACCAAAUUCAGGGUAUCUGCCUCACUGGCCCUGAGGAGUAGCUGUGCUCUUAAUCCUAAGAGCUCCUGACCCAGAUUGGAUCUCUGAGUCAUUGACGUGAGAGAUAAAAACCGCUGACUGGGCCCCUCCAGUCCAUUCCUGUGGAUGGUUUCCUGUGGCCUGUUCCCUAGGGCAGCGUUUCCCAAACGGUGUUCCGUGGCACACUGGUGUUCCGCACGAUGGGAAUAGGUGUUCCGUGAAAGAAUCUAGAAUUUAAUUUUGACUCUUGCACUUGAUUUUUGUACUACUUUAUACACGCUUUCCAGUUAGAAAGUGUUAGUUCCAGUUAUUUUACAUUUGUAUUUUUGCUUUGUUUUAUGAAAUAAAAUAUAUUGGAGCAUAAA